CCCGAGGUCGCGGGCGCUCAGACCGCGGCCGGAGCUGCGGGGAGAGGAGCAAGUAAAGGUGAUGCUGCGAGGAACCUUCCAGCGCGCCGGGGCGUGGCUGAGGGGGCUGCGCCGCGGGCCCCGGGGCCUCGCCGAGAGCGCCCGGAGGGGCGUCGUCUCCUGCAUUGACCCUUCCAUGGGACUAAAUGAAGAGCAGAAAGAGUUCCAGAAAGUGGCCUUCAGCUUUGCUGCCCGCGAGAUGGCGCCGCACAUGGCAGAGUGGGACCAGAAGGAGCUGUUCCCUGUGGACAUGAUGCGGAAGGCAGCGCAGCUGGGCUUUGGGGGGGUGUACGUUCAGACAGACGUUGGAGGGGCGGGCCUCUCGCGGCUGGACGCCUCCGUCAUCUUUGAAGCCUUGGCCACGGGCUGCACCAGCACCACGGCCUACAUGAGCAUCCACAACAUGUGCGUCUGGAUGAUCGACCGCUUCGGGAGUGAGGAGCAGCGGCAGCGGCUGUGCCCGCCGCUCUGCGCCAUGGAGAAGUUCGCCUCAUACUGCCUCACCGAGCCAGGGAGUGGGAGCGAUGCCGCCUCCCUCGUGACCUCUGCCGUGCGACAACAGGAUCAUUACAUCCUCAAUGGCUCCAAGGCCUUCAUCAGUGGUGGCGGUGAAGCUGACAUAUACGUAGUCAUGUGCCGCACAGGAGGGCCGGGCCCCAGAGGCAUCUCUUGUGUAGUGGUGGAGAAGGGGACCCCUGGCCUCAGCUUUGGCAAGAAGGAGAAAAAGGUGGGGUGGAACUCACAGCCGACCCGAGCGGUGAUCUUUGAAGACUGUGCAGUCCCGGUGGCCAACAGGAUCGGGGACGAGGGCCAGGGCUUCCUCAUCGCCAUGAAGGGCCUGAAUGGAGGGAGGAUCAAUGUCGCCUCCUGCUCCCUGGGAGCCGCUCACGCCUCAGUCGUCCUCGCUCGAGACUACCUCAAGGUCCGGAAGCAGUUUGGAGAGCCUCUGGCCAAUAACCAGUACCUGCAGUUCCAGCUGGCCGAGAUGGCGGCCCGGCUGGUGGCCUCCCGGCUGAUGAUCCGCACCGCGGCCAUGGCUCUGCAAGAGGAGCGGGAGGACGCGGUGGUCCUGUGCUCCAUGGCCAAGCUCUUCGCCACAGACGAAUGCUUUGCAAUCUGCAACCAGGCCCUGCAGAUGCACGGCGGCUAUGGCUACCUGAAAGACUACGCCGUCCAGCAGUACGUGCGGGACUCCCGGGUCCAUCAGAUCCUUGAAGGCAGCAACGAAGUGAUGCGGAUGCUGAUCUCGAGGAGCCUGCUACAGAAGUAGCCCGCCCCAGGCUCUGACAGCAGGUCAGUGGUGGGUGGCCCCCAUGGAGGCACAGUGACGAGUGAGUCGGGCCACUGGAGGGGCUGACAUCUCCACUGCAGCUUCACGGCAUCAGCUGGAAGACGGCAGGGCCCCCAGACUGGAGCUCUGGGGAGGACAUGACGCCUAGUCUUCCUGGCGCUCAGGGUGGCAGGGAGCUCCUUACCUGGCCCACAGAGUCCUGGCAUGCCUGCUUUCUGCUGGUUGCCUGGAUCCAUCCCCCAGGGCCCUGGACGUUCCGAGGAGGGCUUCCCAACUGCGGCAGAGGUGUGGGGAAGGAGUGGGGCAGAGAUGAUUCCUAUCGGUUCUGCUCCACCUGCCCCCUGAAGACGAGACCGUCCCUGUGGCCAGCCUCGAGCGGCUCCUCUGAAUGCGAGUCAUGAUGAGAGGGAUGUGCGAGGCCUCCUCCCAGGCUGCGAGU